AGUUGAAUGGGCUAUAGAUGCGUUUCGUAGGAACAUAGUGUGCUUUUGAGUGGGUAUAACAAACAACUUAUCGAUUCCAAUUGAAUCGUAUUAAGGAUAGGUUAAGAAGGAAGAAUCAGCACGAAUUCUUGACGGCCAAAUCGAAGAUGAGUUUUUAUGGAUAUAAUAAUAGAAUAUUCGUGGACGACCAUGGAAAGAGAAUAAAUAUUGACAAUAUUCAGAUGAAAGAAACAACAUCCAAUAGUCCAGAUGAGCAAGCAAAAUACGAGGGAUAUGAUCCGUAUAUGCAUCGAACAUUUAAACAUCCAAUAUCGAAUACUGAGACAAUCGUACAUCUGUUGAAAGCUUCUCUGGGUACUGGAAUUCUAGCCAUGCCAAAGGUAAAUUCAAAUGGAGAAUGUGAAAAUUCAGUGGUUUAAUUAAUAAUAAUAAACGAAAAUGUAGGCUAUUUACCACGCUGGCUACAUAACUGGGACGGUGGGGACAUUUUUGAUUGGAAUGAUAUGUGUUUACUGUGUACAAAUGCUGUUGAAAUCACAUUAUGAACUGUGCAAACGGAGAAAGAUUCCGCAAAUGGAUUACACGACGAUCGUUGUGAAUGCUAUGCUCGAAGGUCCAAGACCCAUUAACAGAUUUGCACCACUCUUUAAACAUACAGCGAAGGUAUUUUUACUCAUGUGUCAAAUUGGCGGCUGUUGCAUUUAUGUGGUUUUCAUAGCUGAAAAUAUAAAAUCAAUCGUCGACUAUGCCACGGACACCACAACCGAUGUACGCCUAUUCAUGGUCAUCAUUUUACUUCCCAUCAUUUUCCUUAACUGGAUACGAAAUUAUAAAUACUUGGCUCCAUUGUCAACAUUCGCCAAUUUUGUGACCAUCAUUUCGUUUGGAAUAAUUUGCUACUUCAUUGUGCGCGAACCGAUUUCAUUGGAAGGUAAACGAGCAUUUGGCCCAGCCAAUGAAUUCCCAUUCUUUUUCGGAACCGUACUCUUUUCGUUGGAAGCCAUUGGAGUUAUAAUUCCACUCGAAAAUGAGAUGAAGACACCAAAAUCGUAUGUCGGUCUGACUGGUGUAUUGAAUCGUGCAUUUAUAAUUAUUGUGAUCCUGUACGUUUUAAUAGGUCUAUUUGGUUACUUGAAAUAUGGGGAUGCCAUUCGUGAUUCAAUUACGUUGAGUUUGGAAAUAAAUAGCAAAACAGACGAAAUCUUGGCACAAUCGGUUAAAGGAAUGCUUGCCUUUGGAAUUUUUAUUACCCAUGGUGUGGCAUGCUAUGUCGCGAUCGAUUUGACGUGGAACAAAUACAUCGUCAAUAAAAUCACAAACGAUCGCUAUAAAUUAUUCUGGGAAUAUGUUGUGCGUACUCUCAUCUGUCUAAUAACUUUUUUGCUCGCAGUUGCCAUACCCAAAUUAGAUUUAUUCAUAUCAUUAAUUGGUGCGUUGUGCUUAGCAACUCUUGGUGUCAUAUUCCCUGCUUUUAUUGACACUUGUGUAUUUUGGAGUGAUACUUAUGGCACAUCACGAAUAUUGAUGGUCACCAAAAAUUUACUCAUCGCAUGCUUCGGUUGUUUUGCUCUCGUUGUUGGUACAGGGACAAGUGUUUCAGCCAUCUAUCAAAGUUUCACACAAUAGACUCCACAACUUGAGAAUUAUCGCUCGAAACCCAUCAGAUUUUAUUCCCAUCCCGCAUUCCCAUAAAAUUUCUUAUGAUAUUUUGAUCGUUUAGAUAAAAAUGUGCAUCGAAAAUUGAGGCAUAUAAAAAUCACAGCAUUCGAUGCAUGUAAUAUACUGUAAUUUUAUCUGAUAUCCAUACGUUAUGAAUAAAAAUAGUAAAUAAAGUACA